AUGCCUGAAAACAAGACCAUUUCCUCUUCUCCCCGGGGAGAUGAUCAAACCAAGAAAGAGAAUGCCACAUCACAAGCAUUGGUUUCAUAUGGUGCCCCCAAGGAAGCUGUUGAGAUUUUUCAUGAAGAUAAAAUGACAAAUACUGAAGUGGUGAACCAAGGCACUUACUUUAGUUACCCAUGUCGGCGACACAGCUGUUCUUUAGUGAAAAUCCCAGCACCAUGUGUCAACAAAAUUAUUUCACACAUUGAAGAUGUGGAGUCUAAGAUAGAGGGACAUUUGAAACAGUUUGAAACUUCUUUGGAAGAAUGGCACGAGGCUGCUGAAAAAGACCAGGUCUCGAAGGUGGAACCCAAGGAAGAAAGAGAUGAGACAUGUCCAGAAUUAAAGCAGGAAAUGGAAACGUUGCUGUCAGAAGCCAUUUUUCUUGUCAAAACUCUAGAAACUGACCGCGCAGAAGCUGCAGAAGCUCUGAAACGACAGCACUCGCGAAGGAAGGAGAUAAACAAGACAAUUGAUUCUUGGUCCAUCUGGAGGCUUCAAGAAAUGCCCAUGGCUGUGCAGAAAGAACACGAAGCCCAUAUGAGAGAUAUUCUGGAAUUACGAUGGCAUAUUGAAGAUAAAUCUUAUGAAAUAAAACAGUUAGAGAAAAAAAGGGCAGGAUGGGAAGAAGCUAAUGAGAAGAUCCAAGCAGACAUAGAUUACAUGAAUGAACACAGUACUCUGCUGAAUUCAAAGCUGUUGCAGGAAAUGGGAGAUCUAAAGGAAUAUGGUAAAAAAAAAAUUGAGGCAAUGGAACUAUACAGACAAACUCAUGGAGAACUUCAAGCCACUAUAGAAAACUGUGAAAAGAUGAAAUUGAAAAUUUCACAAAAUAGAGACGAAAUGGAAAGAGAUAUUGAAAAGGAUGUAAAAAGCAUCCAAGCCUUCAAGAAACAGAUGGAAAAGCUUCAAGUCCUGUUUGAACACUAUACCAACUUGAUUGAAAACGUGAGCGAAAUCAUUGAGAAAGAUGAGGAGAACGUGAUGGUCACUCUGCAGGAAACACAGACAUCCACAGAUGAAUUAUCUAAUCUAAUAAAAGUGCUAGAAGAUUUGAAAAGAAUUUAUGAACAACUAGUCUGGAGGAAAAAAAAUUAUGAAAAUGAAUAUGAGGAAAUGCUUGAUAGUUUUAAUUCUGCAAAAAAAGCAUGGGAGAUUGAGCUUUCUGAUGUCAUAAAAGAUUAUACAGAUCUUGCAACAACAUAUAAUAAAUUCUUUGAAGAAAAUAAAAAACUUGAGAUAGAUCUUGAUACUACAGAAGAUGAAAUCCAUAAAAGUGUAAGGAAAAAAUCAGAAAUUGAGACUGAAAUCCAAAAUUUGAUGCUACUGAAAUUGAAAAAUGAGGAGUAUCUUAAAGGGCUGUACAAGGACGCCUAUCAGAUCGGUGCUGUUUUCCACCUGACCAGAUAUAAGACUGAAGAGUUAGAAGAGAAAAUAGCAGAAGUGAGAAGAAAAUUCCAGGGUAGAGAAGAGUUCUUGAAAAAAAUCACUCGAAGUCAAGUGGCUAAUGGAAUGAUGCUUCAGAAAAAGCUGUUUUCCCUGCAAGAAGAAGAGGAACUUGAGUGGGAGGAGCUCACCAGGAGGAAAGCGAUCUACUCCCUGGUCCUGGUGGAAAUUGAGGAACCUCUGCUUCAGAUGGAAGAAAAUGCAGAGAAGAUCAAAGCCAUCCACAAAAAGCACUUCACUAGACUAGAUGAUAUCAUUGCAAAGAGAGAAGAUGUUAAAACAACUGUGGAAAAAACAAAGAAAAAGUUGAAAAUAAAGGGGCAGAAAACCCAGGAAGCACUAAUAGAAACCGAGACACAACAGUCAAUGAUUUUUGGUGAAAUAGAGGCAGCUAAAAAUAAAACAGCUUUUUAUCAAGAUAAAUUAACUCAAUUGAAUAAGGAACUAGAAGAAAGAGAAAAGGCAAAGAUAUAUUUAGAUAAGAUAUUGGACACUUUGAGGGAGAAACAUGAAUUUGUGAGAUUUAAAAAGGAUCAUAUGCAAGCUGUUUAUGAUCAUCUCAUAAGUGAGAAACUAGACUGUGAAGAUAGGAUGGACGAGGAAGACCAGAGAUUCAGAAAUCUCAUUGCCAUGAGGCAGAAAACUCUGGCAGACCUGCAAAAACUACAAGAUGUUUCCCUAGCAGAAAAUCUACGUUUAGCUCAACAGUAUCAGAAAUUACAGAUGGAUUUCUUGGCAGAGAAGGACAAUUAUUACAACCAAUAUGAUCGACAGUUAUCACUUAAUUCUUCAAUUAGAGAUAAAAGAGAGCUCUGUCAGCUGCAGAGAAAGAUACACAAGAUGUGGCAGAAGUACCUCAAACUGGUGGUCCUCUUCAGCCGGAUGAGGCUGGCCCAGUUCCAGGCCGAAUCUCAGGAGAACAUUCAGAAAAUCCUAGCUGUGCAGGAGGAAUCUUCAAAUUUAAUGCAGCAUAUCGUAGAGUUCUUCGAGAAUAUAUCCCAAGGCCAAUGUGAAAACGAUGAUUAAGCAAACAACCGAUGUAUCUGGGAUGCCUAAAUAAAAGACAGGAAAAGGCACACAGUUCAAAUAGCAGUGUAAUUGGACAUUCACCUGUUUGCCAUU